CUGUAGUUAACCACAGUUAUAAAAAUGACUGUUGAUGUGACUUCAAGGUUGCAUGAGCAGUCUGAGCUGAUAAUGACUCUAAAAUCAAGAGCUGACUCUGAGAUGGAACGCCGUAAGCAAGCUGAAUGUAAAUUAUUGAAUGAACUGAACAAAAGUCACGAUCUCCAGCAACAGCUUUUGGAAUGCCAACAGAGGCUAGUAACUUUAAUAAUGACAUCAUGUCGACUAUUUACAGAGUUUCCGAUGCUGAAGUCAAUAACCGCGUGUUGCGGUCUACAAUAAAUGAUUUGAGUUAUGAACUUUUUAGCAAAACUCUAAGUAAGAAUACAAACACUGAUUUAACGAGAAGAGAUACAUCUGUUCAAACUGGGGACGAAUUUUGUCAAAGUAAAGUGGUUUCAGUUGAGGCUUCAAAUACAAGAAGUUUUAAGCAAUAUUUAUGGAAGUUCAGGGAGUUAAAAAAAGAGAAUAAUAAACUUUUACAACUGACAAACGAGAUGAGAUCAAUAUGUACACAAAAUCUCAAAACAAUUCAAAAUCGUUUGAAUUGCCUGACAGACUUAAUCUCGACAGUUUGUAGUUCUUAUCUAAAAGUAAAUCAAGCCUAUCAUAAUGAUAAUGUCAAGUGGAGAAAUGAAAGACAAAACUUAUCCUUACAUCUAGAGAAUGAAAAGCAUUUAACUGAAGAAAUACGUAUUAAACUAAAUAUCAUGGAAGCAGAGAAGAAAAAAAUAGAAAAGGCCAUAAACAAAUUAAAAGAACAAAGAGAAAAUGAAAUGAAAGAAUUUAACGCUAAUAAACAAAUAAAGCGUUUAAAAGAAGAACUUGACAUUUCUAAACUUCAAACCGAACAAAUAAGACAAGAUUUUGAAGCCUAUAAAAUUUAUACAAAAGAACUAUUGGAUAAUGAAAGAAGAUUAAACAAGGAACUUCGAAAGUCGUACCAUUGA